GCCAACUUGUAUGAAAAUGUGGAGGUCUUUCUAAAGCAACAGGGAGUGGACAUCUGGCCCUACUCAAUCUCAAGACUCAUCUUUAAGCUUGUACUAGUUGGGCUUUCAUCAUUUAUUGGAGCAUGUUUAACCUUCCCGGGCCUCCGACUGGCACAGACCCAUUUAGAUGCUCUCAAGAUGACUGCGGACAAGCCUCUCAUACAGAUCCUCCUUCAGGCCAACUUCCUGUCUCCCAUCGUUGUGUUGUUGCUGUGGGUUAAACCCAUCACCAGGGACUUUGUGAUGAAAACUCCACUUGGAAAAGAGCACGUACAGCUGAUGUCUGAGACAACGUACAACAGCAUGCGUCUGUGGAUAAUCAUCGCUCUGUGCACACUGCGCCUGACCAUGACCCGCUACCACCUGCAGGCAUACCUGAACCUGGCAGAAAAGUGGGUGGACCUAAUGAAGAAGGAAGCUGGAAACAUCCCCAUGAUUGAAAUUCAGAGGAAG